AGGCGCGGGUGUUCGGCUACGUCACUGGGGCGCUAUGGUGCCUGGAGCUGGGCAGUCUUCUCGUCAGAGUGGGGACUGGUAAGAGCGACCUCCCCGCCAGGUCCUGUGUGUUGCCGGCUGAAGAAGAUGAUGAUUAUUCCCCACCUUCUAAGAGACAAAGACCAACGAGCCACCACAGCCACCAGUCCCAGAACCCGCCAAUGCUGGGGAACGGAAAAUGAGGGAGUUCAACUCUGGGACCUGCAGAACUGAGUUCUGUCUGAGCCAGAUUCCAUCCAGGCACUGCGGAUCCAUCCAGAGGGGCACUGCCUCAGGUUGCUCGCUAUUCACUGCCUUCUCAAGCAGACCCUUGUCUCCUUCUGGGCCCUCACAAUCCAGUGGAGGAGACGAAACUCAUCUGCCUCUGUCCCUCUGGGCACGCCUCAUGCCAGGUGCAUCUGUGGACAGGGGCCAUGCUCCUGGGCUUCCAAAGUUGGAGAAAGCUGCCAGGCUCAGGUGUGAAGGCCAGAAUUCUACAGUAAGUCCUACUGAGUCAAGGUGGUAGCAGGGUCGGUGGCGUCCGAGGCUCUGCGGGAGAAUCCGUUUCCUGGCCAUAGAGGUGGCCUGCACUCCUCAGCUUGUGCUUCCCGUCUCGAAUGACUGGAGUUUCCUGCUUCUGUCACUACACCUCCCACCCUCUCCAUCACCUGCUCUGCUCUUUUAAGGAUCCGAAGAAAUGGAAUCAUCGUAUUGCUGAUCUACGUAAACAAAUUGAAGAGUUGUCUGAAAGAAAAUAUGACAUGAACUUAUGAAUUCAACAGGUGAAGAUUUACAACUUGAUAAAUCAGCUUUGUGUGGUACGUCUUCAGUCUUAAGUCAGAUUAGAAGAUUAUGUGAGCUCGAGCUGUAAAAGCCAAAGUUCCGGUGAUGAUCCCAUACCCUUUUUUCCAGUCUCAUGUUGAAGAUUUUUAUGUAGAAGGCCUUCCCAAAGGAAUUUUUUUUUUUUUUUUUUUUUUGAGAUGGAGUUUUCACUCUUAUUCCCCAGGCUGGGGUGCAGUGGCGCAACCUUGCUGGUCACUGCAACCUCUGCCUCCUGGGUUCAAGAAAUUCUCCUGCCUUAGCCUCCCAAGUCGCUGGGAUUACAGGUGCCUACCACCACACCAGGCUAAUUUUUGUAUUUUUAGUGGAGAUGGGGUUUCACCAUGUUGGCCGGGCCAGUCUCAAACUCCUGACAUCAAGUGAUCUUCCCGCCUCGACUCCUGACAUCAAGUGAUCUUCCCGCCUCGGCCUCCCAGAGUGCUGAGAUUAUAGACGUGAACUCAUGCCUGGCCAGAAAUUUUGUUUUUUAGGAAGGCUUUCUACUAAUGGAAUUCCUGGCCUUGAGAGGACGUUACUUUUGAAGGAAAGGAUUUUUUUGUUAUUAAAAGAGCCACCUAAGCUGAAGAUUCCCUUGAGAACAAGUACUGUCCUGCGGUUUCAUGGCCUUUCUUCCAUUUGUGGUUCUUGCGAAGUGGAAUUUAAAUGACAUCUUAUCAAGAUGGAUAAACCCUAGUUUCCCAGUGCUGGAAUAUAGAAAAUGGAUGGACAAGUAAAUCCCACUCAGCACCCGUAGUCCAGGCAUGGGGACCUCAACACACCUGAGCCCCAGACAUCACCUUUCAUUCUGGACCUACCAUGAAAGGCUUCUGAAUCCAGGAAGAGAAACUGACUGGGCAACAUGUUAUUCAGAUGGGGUCCUCUUAUGUUGCCCAGGCUGGUCUCAAAUUCCUAGGCUCAAGUGAUUCCGCCCACCUCUGCCUCCCAAAGUGCUGGGAUUACGGGCAUGAGCCAGCGCAUCUGGCCACUUUAUUUUCUAUUACUGGCUCAAUGUAAUGGCUCCAUCUCAGGAACAGCCAAUGAAAGAGAUGCACAGGACAAGAAACAGGACCUUGCCGUGUCUCUCAGGAUGGAGUUCAGUGGUCCUAUCAUGGCUCAUUAUAGCCUCAAACUCCCAGGCUCAAGCAAUCCUACCAUGUCAGCCUUCCCAGUAGCUGGGACUACAGGUCUCACACUGUCACCCAGGCUGGAGUACAGUGGCACAACCUCUGCUCACUGCAGCCUCCACCUGCCAGGCUCAAGCAAUUCUCCUGCCUCAGCCUCCUGAGUAGCUGGGAUUACAGGAAGUGACCUCACAAUGACUCAAGCUACCACAUACUGUUGAUUGUGAAAUGCCAGUUGAAGCAUAUGUCCUGCGAGCUUAGGGGCGCUACAAGUUGACCACUGCAGCAGUAAAGAUGACUCUGAAGAAUGGCAUGGGAUGGAUCCUUUCGAAUGCACUUGAGCAGCGGUCUACAACCACAGGGCCACAGAGCUCUGGAUCUACCAUGAAAGACUUCUGAAUCCAGGAAGAGAAACUGACUGGGCAACAUGUUAUUCGGGGUCUCCCUCUGUUGUCCAAGGCUGGAGGGUAGUAGUGCUAUCACAGCUGACUGCAGCCUCAACCUUCCAGGCUGAAGCGAUCCUCCCAUCUCAACCUCCCACGUGGCUGAGACUACAGGUGCUUGCCACUAUGCCCAACUAAUAUUUGGAAUUUUCGUAUACGUGGAUUCCAGAGGGGUGACAGCGAAACGUGGGACCAUCCAGUUGCAGGAAAACAAGCUUAACACGCCCACUGAUUCUACAUUAUGCUCCUACCUCCCGGCAGCCUCUCCAGGCCCAGAACUUUCUCCAGUCAGCCUCUACAGACCAAGCUCAUGACUCACAAUGGCCUAUUUAGGCCCAUACCCUACCUCACGGCAGUCUCCGCAGAUGAGCCUACUGCCUCACAACAGCCUCCACAGGCACAGCUCCAUCGUUACAAUGGCCUCUUUAGACCCAGCUCCUGCCUCCCAGCCUUCUCUCCAGGCCCCGAACUUUCUCCGGUCUCCCUCUGUUGUCCAAGGCUGGAGGGUAGUAGUGCUAUCACAGCUGACUGCAGCCUCAACCUUCCAGGCUGAAGCGAUCCUCCCAUCUCAACCUCCCACGUGGCUGAGACUACAGGUGCUUGCCACUAUGCCCAACUAAUAUUUGGAAUUUUCGUAUACGUGGAUUCCAGAGGGGUGACAGCGAAACGUGGGACCAUCCAGUUGCAGGAAAACAAGCUUAACACGCCCACUGAUUCUACAUUAUGCUCCUACCUCCCGGCAGCCUCUCCAGGCCCAGAACUUCUCCAGUCAGCCUCUACAGACCAAGCUCAUGACUCACAAUGGCCUAUUUAGGCCCAUACCCUACCUCACGGCAGUCUCCGCAGAUGAGCCUACUGCCUCACAGCAGCCUCCACAGGCACAGCUCCAUCGUUACAAUGGCCUCUUUAGACCCAGCUCCUGCCUCCCAGCCUUCUCUCCAGGCCCCGAACUUUCUCAAGUCGACCUCACCAGGGCCAGCUCAUGCUUCUUUGCAGCCUCUCCAGGCCUAGCUCCUGCAUCUUGGUGGCCCCUCCAGGCCCAGCCUCUGCCUCCCGUCGGCCUCUACAGUCGCAACAUCUGCCUCACAGCAGAUUCUUCAGGCCCAGCAUCUGCCUCACUGUGGACCCCCCAAGCCAAGCUCCCAACCUUUCAACAGCUUCUACACACCCAGCUCCUGCCACCCAGUGGCCUGUUUAGGCCAAGCUCAUGCUUAACAAGGGCCUUUGGAGGCCCAACUUUUGUCUCAUGGCAACCUUCCCUGGCCAGAUUCCUGUCUGUCUCCCAGCAGCCUAGACAGGCCCAGGUCUUGCCUCACACUGGCCUCUCUACAUCCAUCUCAUGCCUCACGGUGGCCUCUCCAGGCCCAACUCCUGUCCCAGGACAUCAUCUCCGGGCCCAAAACUUACUCAAGUCAGACUCUCUAGUCCCAACUGCUGCCUCCUGGUGGCCUAUGAAGGCCCAAAAUCUCCUCGAGUUGACCUCUCCAGGCCCAGCUCCUGCCUCGCAAUUGCCUUUGUAGGCCAAGAUCAUGCCGCGAAGUGGCCAUUCCUAGCCUAACUUUUGCUUUUUGACGCAUACUCCAGUCCCAAAACUUCCUCCAAUUAGCCGGUCCAGGCCAAGCUCUUCCUCCCAAAGGCUUCUGCAGGCCAAAAUCGUCCUGAACUCACCCUCUGCAGGCCCAGCUCCUGCCUCCAAGUGCUGUGUAGGCCAAGCUAAUGCCUCACAGCACACUUUCCAGGCUGAGCGUUUCCUUUUGUGCAUCCUCUCCAAGCCCUGAACUUACUCCAGUCCGCCUCUCCAGGCCCAGCUCUUCCUCUCGGCAGCCUCUGCAGGCCCAGACUGUCGUCAAGUCGGCCUGUCCAGGGCCAGCUCCUGCCUCCCGGCGGCCUCUGAAGGCCCAAGUCGGCCUCCCCAGGCCCAGCUCCGUCCUCUCGGCGGCCUUUCCGGGUGCAAAAGUUCCUCGAGUCAGCCUCUCCAGGCCGAGCUCCUCCUGCCUCCCAGUGGCCUCUUUCGGCCCAGCCCAGCUCAUGCCUCCCGGCGGCCUCCCGAGGCCCCGCUUUUGACUUUCGGUGGCCUCUGCAGGCCUCGACAAGGCCCGGCCUCCUGCCUCCCGAAGACCUGCACAGGCCCAGCCUCUGCCUCACAGCGGACUCUCCAUGCCCAGCUAGCUCUCGCCUCACUGCGGCCUCCCGAGUCCAAAGCUCCUGCCUCUCGGCCGCUUCGGCAGGCCCAGCUCCCGCCUGCCAGUGGCCUCUUCAGGCCCAUGGGGCUUAUUCCUCACAACAGCUUUUCCAGGCCCAGUUUUUCCCUUCCGGUGGUCUCUCCGGGCCGAGAACCUCCUCAAUUCGGCCUCUCCAGACCACUUGCACCCUCCGGGCGUCCUCUCCGGGCCAAGCUCCUCUUCCUGGCUGUGUCUCCAGGCCCGACUCCUGCCUCUCAACAACCUCUUUGGACUCAGUGCCUAUCCAUCUCCUGGCGGCCUUGGUCGGCCCACAGCUUCCUCAAGCCAAGCUCCCCAGGCCCAGGUCAGGCCUCACGGUGGCCUCUCCAGGAUGAGCUCCUGCCCUCCGAUGGCAUCUGCAGGCCCCAAAUGGUCUCUGGUCGGUGGGCUCCUCCACGCCAAGCUUGGGCCUCCCGGCGACCUCUGCAGGCCCAAGUUGUCCUGAAGUCGGCAUCUCCCGGCCCUGCCUCCCAGCAAGUAAGCAAGCUCUUUUGGCUCAACUCCUGCCCAGCUCCCAACCGCCUUUGUAGGCCCCGAACUUUCUCCAGCCAAGUUCUUCGGGCCUAAUUCCUGCCGCCCGGUGGCCUGUACAGGCCCAGCAAUGGUUGGAGAACAGCCUCUGCAGGUCCCGCCCUUGCCUCCAAGGGGCCUCUCCAGGCCCAGCUCUUGCCCCCACGGCGGCCUCCCGGGGCCAAGUCCCUGCCUGCCUCCCAGCAGCCCGUGUGCAGCCCAGCUCCUCCCUCACGGUGGCCUGUUGAUGCCCAUGCCUCUGGUACCCCGCCCAGAGGCAUGAGCCCCUGCCACACACUGGCUCCUCCCACACUGAGAGAGGUCAGUGUGAGCCCUUGCCUCACACCGGCCCCUCCCACGCUGACAGAGGUCAGCGUCAGCCCCUUGCCUCACACCGGCCCCUCCCACGCUGAGAGAGGUCAGAGUGAGCCCUUGCCUCACACCGGCCCCUCCCAGGCUGAGAGAAGUCAGCCUGAGCCCCUUGCCUCACACCGGCCCCUCCCUCGCUGACAGAGGUCAGCCUGAGCCCCUUGCCUCACACCGGCCCCUCCCAUGCUGACAGAGGUCCAUGGGAGCCCCUUGCCUCACACCGGCCCCUCCCACGCUGAGAGAGGUCAGAGUGAGCCCUUGCCUCACACCGGCCCCUCCCAUGCUGACAGAGGUCAGCCUGAGCCCCUUGCCUCACACUGGCCCCUCCCAUGCUGACAGAGGUCCAUGGGAGCCCCUUGCCUCACACCGGCCCCUCCCAGGCUGACAGAGGUCAGUGGGAGCCCCUAGCCUCCCACCAGCCCCUCCCACGCUGACGGAGGUCAGCGGGAGCCCCUAGCCUCACACCGGCCCCUCCCAGGCUGACAGGGGUCCAUGGGAGCCCCUUGCCUCACACCGGCCCCUCCCACGCUGACAGAGGUCAGCCUGAGCCCCUUGCCUCACACCGGCCCCUCCCACGCUGAGAGAGGUCAGCGUGAGCCCUUGCCUCACACCGGCCCCUCCCACGCUGACAGAGGUCAGCGUCAGCCCCUUGCCUCACACCGGCCCCUCCCACGCUGAGAGAGGUCAGAGUGAGCCCUUGCCUCACACCGGCCCCUCCCAGGCUGAGAGAGGUCAGCCUGAGCCCCUUGCCUCACACUGGCCCCUCCCAUGCUGACAGAGGUCCAUGGGAGCCCCUUGCCUCACACCGGCCCCUCCCAGGCUGACAGAGGUCAGCGGGAGCCCCUAGCCUCCCACCGGCCCCUCCCACGCUGACGGAGGUCAGCGGGAGCCCCUAGCCUCACACCGGCCCCUUCCAGGCUGACAGGGGUCCAUGGGAGCCCCUUGCCUCACACCGGCCCCUCCCACGCUGACAGAGGUCAGCCUGAGCCCCUAGCCUCACACCGGCCCCUCCCACGCUGAGAGAGGUCAGCGUGAGCCCUUGCCUCACACCGGCCCCUCCCACGCUGAGAGAGGUCAGCGUGAGCCCUUGCCUCACACCGGCCCCUCCCACGCUGAGAGAGGUCAGCGUGAGCCCCUAGCCUCACACCGGCCCCUCCCACGCUGAGAGAGGUCAGCGUGAGCCCCUUGCCUCACACCGGCCCCUCCCACGCUGAGAGAGGUCAGCGUGAGCCCCUUGCCUCACACCGGCCCCUCCCACGCUGAGAGAGGUCAGCGUGAGCCCCUUGCCUCACACCGGCCCCUCCCACGCUGAGAGAGGUCAGCGUGAGCCCUUGCCUCACACCGGCCCCUCCCACGCUGAGAGAGGUCAGCGUGAGCCCUUGCCUCACACCGGCCCCUCCCACGCUGAGAGAGGUCAGCGUGAGCCCUUGCCUCACACCGGCCCCUCCCACGCUGAGAGAGGUCAGCGUGAGCCCUUGCCUCACACCGGCCCCUCCCACGCUGAGAGAGGUCAGCGUGAGCCCUUGCCUCACACCGGCCCCUCCCACGCUGAGAGAGGUCAGCGUGAGCCCUUGCCUCACACCGGCCCCUCCCACGCUGAGAGAGGUCAGUGUGAGCCCUUGCCUCACACCGGCCCCUCCCACGCUGAGAGAGGUCAGCGUGAGCCCCUGCCUCAACAGGCCACCGUGAGGGAGGAGCAGGGUCGCACGCGGGCUGCUGGGAGGCAGGCAGGGACUUGGGCCUGGGAGGUCGCGGUGGUGCGAGAGCUGGGCCUGGAGACACCCCUGGGAGGCAACAGCGGGGUCUACAGACUCUGUUCUCCAGCCGGAGCUGGGACUGUUCAGACACUGGGAGGCGGGAUGUGGGUCUGAAGAGCUUGGUUGCAGAAACUUCGGGGUCUACAAACGCAGGUGGGAGCUGAGCCAAAAGAGCUUGUUUGCUGGGAGGCCGGAGGUGGGCCGGGAGAUGCAGCCAGGAGGAACAGCUGGGCCUGCAGAGGCCACCAUGCGGGAGGCAGAGGCCGGGCCUCCUCAAGUCGGCCUCUCCAGACCCACUUGCAGCCUCCUGGCGUCCUCUCCGGGCCCAGCUCUUCCUCCUGGCUGUGUCUCCAGGCCUGACUCUGGCCUCCCAACAACGUCUUUGGACUCAGCUCCUGCCCAGCUCCCAGCGGCCCUGGUAGGCCCACAACUUCCCGAAGCCAAGCUCCCCAGGCCCAGGUCAGGCCUCACGGUGGCCUCUCCAGGAUGAGCUCCUGCCCUCCAAUGGCAUCUGCAGGCCCCAAAUGGCCUCCGGUUGGUGGGCUCCUCUAGGCCCAGCUUGGGCCUCCCGGCGGCCUCUGCAGGCCCAAGUCGUCCUCAAGUCGGCCUGGAAUUGGGCCUGGAAGAGCAGCAAGUCGGCCUCCCCGGGCCCAGCUCCGUCCUCUCGGCGGCCUCUCCAGGUGCAAAGCUUCCUCGAGUCAGCCUCUCCAGGCCCAGCUCCUCCUGCCUCCCAGUGGCCUCUUUCAGCCCAGCCCAGCUCAUGGCUCUCGGUGGCCUUCCCAGGCCCCGCUUUUCCCUUCCGGCAGCCUCUUCGCCUCUAAUUUGUUUAUCUUUUGUGUAUAAAUCCCAAAAUAUGGAAUUUUGGAAUAUUUCCACCAUUAUAUAAAUAUUUUGCUAGGUAA